AUAAGAUCGAGACCUCCCAUCAGAAUGAGAACAAGUUCUUCGACGACAGCAUCUACUAUAAGAUCAAUUGGUUGGGCGAUCGUCACGAGACCAUCACCGACGACAUCCACCAACACAUCACCGCUUUCGCCGAUAAGUCUAAUGAACCCAAAGAUCUGGUCCACGACGACCACACGCUAUACAUAACGACGGCGUCGCACGAGAAGUAUGUCUGCGUUUUGCCACAAAUCGAUUCACCCACGACAGUGGACUCCAGCGAUAAGAAGACAGACUCGGAGUUAAGUGCCUAUCAGUUGCUGAAGCCGUUGUUCGCGCGGGAGGUCUGCUCCUAUCGGUUGGAGCAGUAUUGGACGUACGAGAUAUGCCACGGAAGGUAUAUCCGACAGUUCCACGAGGACGCCAAUCAGCAAAAGGCUAAACCCGUAAGCAGUGCCCCGGCCACAAACCCCCCCGACACUCUCAUCACCGGUGACCACCACACGGGGGGCGCGACACAAGAGUACUAUUUAGGGAAAUACGAGUUAUCGCGGCUACAGUCCAGCGAACAGCAGUUCGACGCAUACCUGCAACGGUUGGCCA